UGUGGACACUGCCAGAAGCUCAAGAGCAGCUGGGAGAAGCUUCCGAACGCCUUGAAGGGAGUCGUCAAAGUUGGCGCCGUGAACUGUGAUGACGACAAGAACAAGCCACUCUGCAACAGCGAGGGUGUGGACUCCUUUCCUACCAUCAAG